CAACGAGUUUCCACAUCAGACGAUGCUGCGGUGUUUGGUCAAGCCGCUUCUGCCCUUCCGCUCGAUCGUUGCGGCGGCCGCGUACAGCUCGACAGCUGGACAGGUCAUUCGAUGCAAAGCCGCUGUAGCGUGGAAGCCCAACGCGCCGUUGUCGGUUGAAACGAUUGAAGUCGCCCCGCCCAGGGCGGGCGAGGUACGGGUCAAGGUCGUAGCCAACGCGUUGUGCCACACCGACUUGUACACGUUGAAUGGCGAGGACCCGGAAGGUUUGUUCCCAUGUAUUUUGGGGCACGAAGCUGGAGCCAUCGUGGAGAGCGUUGGACCUGGCGUGACGUCCGUGAAGCCUGGUGACCACGUCAUUCCUUGUUACACGCCCGAGUGCCAAAAGCCCGAGUGUAUCUUUUGCGAAUCCCCCAAGACAAACCUGUGCCCCGAGAUCCGCGGCACCCAAGGAAAAGGAGUCAUGCCGGACGGAACGUCACGGUUCUCCAUCAAUGGGCAACCGUUGUAUCACUUCAUGGGAUGCUCCACGUUUUCCGAGUAUUCAGUGAUCGCCGAGAUUUCAGCGGCCAAGAUCGACCCCACCGCCCCCCUCGACAAAAUGUGCUUGUUCGGAUGCGGGAUAUCCACAGGAUUCGGCGCCGUCUUCAACACGACCAAAGUCGAGCCAGGCAGUUCCGUGGCAGUGUUUGGCAUCGGUGCAGUGGGUCUGGCCGUGAUCCAGGCCGCCAAGAAAGCAGGCGCGAACCGCAUCUUCGCCAUCGACCCCAACACGUCCAAGUUCGCGAUGGCGCAAGAGCUGGGCGCCACGGACUGCAUUGACCCGACGGCAUCCAAUGUGCCGAUUCAGCAAGUCUUGGUGGAAAAAACGAAGUGGGGCGUCGACUACACGUACGACUGCACGGGCAACACAGAGGUCAUGCGUGCGGCCUUGGAAGCGUCACAUCGCGGGUGGGGCGAGAGCUGCGUCAUUGGCGUGGCGGCGGCAGGACACGAGAUCCAAACCCGCCCAUUUCAGUUAAUCACAGGGCGUACGUGGAAGGGGACGGCGUUUGGCGGGUACAAGAGUCGCACGCAGGUUCCACAACUCGUGCAGCAGUCCAUGGAAGGAAAGCUGCCCAUUGACCACUUCAUCACGCACAAGUUUCAAGGUGUGGACUCGAUCAACGACGCCAUCAAAGCGCUCAAGAGCGGCAACUGCUUGCGCGCAGUUGUGACGUACUAGCGUCUAAUGGCGACAAAACGGACCCUUUGUCGGCAUGGCAUAGACUUGCUAUACACGUGUCCAAGGUUGUAUUGUAGCAACCCCAGUGAACAACAAGGUUGCAUUGCUGCGGGCCGUUCAUCGAAUUGCAACUUAGCGCAGCCUGUUUGGACCCAACAUUGCGUCGAGCGGCGCAACUCCCCUGGAUGCGUCCAACCUUGCGAACGAAGGCUACAUACAGAUCGGGCCGGCGAUGCAUGCACCCUCCUCGUCUGUGUACGAUGCGCCUGGCCCAUACACUUCACGGCACGGCGCACCCGAAACAGACGGCCGCGCCGCAGAUCCUUUACUGCAUUGGCACUCCGGAUAUUUUAUCCGGAGUGCCACGACAACUCGACUGAACACCCCUCCCACAAACGGCUCCAGAAACGAUUGCUCGAUGCAGAGACGUCGGAUUUUUGCGCUGGAAGUGAACGACAUCGA